UUACGAAAUUAAUGGUACACUACUCUAUACAAGUCUUGCUUUGUCGCACUUAUGUUAGUUAUGUAUGAAAGAUACCCCAUAAUGGUUCAACAAGUACUUACAGUGCUCACGUUUACAUUGUUCUUUUGCACUGGCAACUCUCAGUUGCCGUCUGACGUACAGAAAUGUUCAAUCACUGACGAUGAUUGUUUAAAGACAACGAUCCAGACGGUACUUCGGCAUCUUCAAAAUGAUCCCUCCGUUUUCCAUGUUGCGUCCGUACAGCCAAUGAGACUCAGUCAAGGAGUAGUGCCAGCUGGUCAGGUGUGGACAUUUGACCAAUAUUAUCACGAUGUUGAGAUGUACAACCAUGCAAUGAGUACUGUUACACAUGUCGAGUCUUCAAUUACAAACAACACCCUGACUUUUGCAAUUAACAUAAGUAAUCCAGAUGUAGUGUUCAAAACCGACUACGAGUAUAAGAACGCCUUUUUUGAUGGCUUCAAUGUUACCAGUAAAGGAAAGGUGAUUCAUCACCAUGAGGGAUAUGUAGGUGUAGUACAAAUUACCGGAGAUAUCGAGGGAGAAGGUGAUACGAAGCAUGUCACCAUCACGGAUGUUGCCGUUAGCUUCGUUACAUCAAAAUUAACAUUUGACUACAACACAGCAGAUCCCCAGUUUGAUGCUUGGUUAGGCAAAUUGUUCGCUGAUAAUAUGGAAAGCAUAUUUAAUGAUAUGAAAGGAGCUUACGGAGACUUCUACGCGUACGCUUAUAACACUAUUAUUAUAACACCAAUCUUCACUACGUUUUCCUACAAUGAUUUGUUUCUUUAGACUUAAUGUAAUUGAUUUAUUAGUUCGAUAGAAAUUUAAUGUAUUCGUAA